AUACAAUACAUAAUCGGAAGGAAGAGUGGAGCACACGAUCAUGUGUUCUAUUACGAUUGAGUCUGUAGUGAAGGAAAAGAACAGGAUGGGAGAGUGUCCAGUAUGGGAGGAAAGGGAGAAUUCCCUUGUAUACGUGGAUAUCAAUUCGCAGAAAGUUUGCCGCUGGAAUUCAGUCACCAAUGAAAUUCAGUAUGUGUCUGUGGAUGCUCGUGUUGGUUCAGUGGCCCUUCGCAAGAGUGGAGGCUAUGUAAUUGCUCUAGGAACCAGGUUUGCCUUUUUGAACUGGAGAAAUCAAGAAGUUGUUACUAUUUCUGAGCAGGAAUUAGAUAAACCAAACAACCGAUUUAACGAUGGAAAAGUGGAUCCACAAGGGAGGUUUUUUGCAGGUACCAUGGCAGAAGAGACUGCUCCUGGAGUGAGAGCCAGGUGCCAAGGUGCUCUUUAUACUCUAUUUCCUGACUCCAGUGUCGUGAAGCAGUUAGAUCAUGUGGAUAUCUCAAAUGGUCUGGAAUGGUCUUUGGAUCACAGAACUUUCUUCCACAUCGACAGCCUGGCCUAUGCUGUGCACGCUUACAGCUAUGAUGAGCACACUGGAAAAAUUGGUGAUUGCAGAACUGUGUACAAGCUGGAAAAGGAGGAAGCAAUGCCUGAUGGGAUGUGCAUUGAUGUGGAAGGGAAACUUUGGGUGGCCUGCAUUGACGGUGGACGAGUGAUCCGUAUUGACCCUGAGAAAGGGAAAAGAAUGCAAACGGUGAAGAUGCCUGCUUCCAGGAUCACAUCUUGCUGCUUUGGUGGGAAAGACUAUUCAGAAAUGUAUGUCACUUCUGCCUAUGAUGGACUGAACAGAGCAGCCUUAGCAAAAGAACCUCAGGCUGGGGAGAUUUUCAAGGUAACAGGAUUGGGGGUGAAAGGAAUCCCACAGUACUACUUUGCUGGUUAAUUGUCCAUGCUGAAAGCAAUUCAGGCGGAAUCAAUGAUGAAGAACAGAUCAUAGACUACAGGAAGAUUUUAAAAUUGCAUAGCUUUUCCUUGAUAGCUGCAGCUGUUCAUGCAAUUAUUUGAACCACACUAGAAAUGAAAAGGACUAAAAUUUUUGCCUAUAUUUGGAACUAUUUUUGGUUAGUGCCAAAAUAUUGAUGAAAUAGAAAACUGUAACAGAAGUGAUUUUGGUCUUAUAUGUACCCCCUUCAAUUUUAGUUUACUAUUUUACAUGUAACUAUCUGCUUUCAGACUGUUGUAUAGCUCUGAAGCAGCAUUUGAUAAGAAAGAACCCAGGAAAAAACUUGGGGGAGGGGUGAAAAUGCUAACAAAUCAAUGCGCUAAAUGCCUCCAGAAAAGACUUGAUCCAGUAUGAAUAAUAUGACACUGGAAAUUUUAUAUAUUGAUCCUGUUUAUUAGGUUAGAAAGGGAACACAGUAGAAGGUAUUACAGUUUCUUACAAUUAACAUUUUAAAACUGAUGUUUUAAUUUAAAGGAAGUAUUGAUUGAAUUAAAAGAUGGAACAUAUUAUCAACAAUGAACAAAUGAUGACAUUACUUGCAUAAAGGAAAUACAUGAAGACUCUUUUGUCCAUAGGCUUUGAAAGAACUUUCAAAAUUCAGUUUAUAAUUAAAAAGAGCAUUUUAAAGAUGA